CGGGAGCGGGAACGACAGCGGCCGCCGUGAGGAGAGCCACGGGGGGGUGGGGGGCACGCGCCAGCCAUGGACAAUCAGUGCACUGUACAGGUGAAGCUGGAGCUGGGACACCGAGCCCAACUGAGGAAGAAACCCACCACCGAGGGCUUUACUCAUGACUGGAUGGUGUUUGUCCGAGGUCCAGAGCAAUGCGACAUCCAGCACUUUGUGGAGAGGGUGGUCUUCCGUCUGCAUGAGAGCUUCCCUAAACCCAAGCGUGUGUGCAAGGAACCCCCUUAUAGAGUAGAAGAAUCAAGCUAUGCUGGCUACAUUAUGCCUAUUGAAGUCUACUUCAAAAAUAAGGAGGAACCAAAGAAGGUUUGCUUCACCUACGACCUGUUCCUGAAUCUGGAGGGAAACCCGCCUGUGAAUCACCUUCGUUGUGAGAAACUGACAUUCAACAACCCCACCAAGGAUUUCCGACGCAAGCUCCUUAAGGCAGGAGGGGUGAUGGUAAUGCCAGAAGGAGCAGAAGCUGUAUCCAGGCCAAGUCCUGACUACCCUAUGUUACCCACAAUACCACUCUCUGCCUUCUCUGACCCCAAGAAGACCAAGCCAUCCCAUGGCUCGAAGGACAGCAACAAAGAAAGCAGCAAAGUGUCCAAGCCCCACAAAUUCACCAAGGAACACCGGGAGCGACCUAGGAAAGACUCUGAAAGCAAGGGCUCCUCCAAGGACCUUGAGCGAGAACCAAACAAGCCCUCCAAGGACUCUUCCAGGAAACCAGCGGAGAACAAGCCGCCCAAGGAGGAGAAGGCUCCUCCUAAAGCAGCUUUCAAGGAACCCAAACUGGCUGUGAGAGAGACUAAACUGGAAAGCAUGUCUCCCAAAGGUGGGCCCCAACCCGAGCCCAAGUCUGCCAGUAAAAGGCCCUCCAAUGUGGAAUCGCCAAAGCCGAGCGCCAAAAAGCCCAAAAAGAGCAGCUCCAAAGGGGUGAGGAAUCUGCAGGGGGCCUCUCCCCGUACUUCGUCUUCCUCCCACACCGAGAAGAAGCCGGCCAAGGAGAAGGGCAACGCCAAGGUGGAGAAGGUGAAAUCUGAAAGCGAGGCUAAGGAGGUGAAGAAGCCUGUGGAGAUGGAGGAGUCCAAUUCUGAGGAUGAGGCUUCCUUCAAGUCAGAGUCUGUCCAGUCCAGUCCUUCCAACUCCAGCUCCAGCUCAGACUCCAGUUCGGAUUCGGAUUUUGAGCCAUCUCAGAACCACAGUCAAGGGCCCCUGCGUUCCAUGGUGGAGGACCUGCAGUCAGAAGAAUCGGACGACGACGACUCUUCUUCUGGGGAGGAGGCAGCCGUCAAAAGCAAUCCCACGAGGGAUUCCAGAUUGAGUUUCAGUGACAGUGACAGCGACAACAGUGCAGACUCAUGCCUGCCCAGUCGAGAAGCCCCUCCUGCGCAGAAGCUGCCCCCAGCCAACAACAAGGCAUCUGGCAGAAAGAGUCCAGAACCCUGCAGCAAACCGGAAAAGAUCCUGAAGAAGGGAACCUAUGACAAGGCCUACACUGACGAGCUGGUGGAGCUUCACAGGCGGUUGAUGGCACUCCGGGAGCGCAACGUGCUGCAGCAGAUUGUGAAUCUCAUCGAGGAAACCGGCCAUUUUAACGUCACCAACACCACCUUUGACUUUGAUCUUUUCUCUCUGGAUGAGACAACCGUCCGCAAACUGCAGAGUUAUUUGGAAGCCGUGGCCACAUGACAGCCGGCCCUGGAUGUGGGCUGCCUUUGAACCCAGAAAACCCGAAAUCCAGUCUCCCAGUCCCAGGAACCAAGCCCCCCGAACUUGGCCUUUUCCUUCUUUUCUCGAUGUGUCCGUCCGGUCCCCCUCCCCCCUUCCUCCUCCCGCCCCCCUCCUCUUCCCCUGUCUCUUCCCCUGACCCUUCUCCUCCUCCCCGCCACCCCAGCCCCCGAAGCGCUGCACUGCCUUAGAGAACAGCCAUGCUCUAGCGAAUGCACAGCCAGCUGCACUUUUCCUCGUAGGCUUCGAACGAGCCCCCACAUUGAGUCUGCCCUGCCUAGCUACGCAAGGACGCUCGGGCUCAGGUACCGAGUUGGAGCGACAGAGGAAGCUGCUCCCUGCUGCACAGAGGGGUUUGCUUGGAAAAACUGCUUGGGCCUGAGGGCCCCUUUCAGGUCUCUCUUUGAGACCGGAAGAAAUCGGUUCAGUGAUCUCUUCCCCUGCUGCACGGGGAACUGUGCGCCGUGAGCGCCGUGGGCGCUGUGGACGCGAUGGCAGCCCUGGGAAGCUGGCCUCGCGUUUGAGGACAGUCGUGGCUUCCCGCGUGGCCCGAUGGGUCGGUCGCUGUAUCCCCUAGAGAACGGUUUGGCGCCCGAGCCGCCCCCGCCAGCCCCCGCUCUUCAGAAGGCAUUGUUCUAGCCACGGGGCCGGGCCUUGUUCUCGGGGUCAGCUUCUGAGAGGGCGAACGAGCUGCCUUCAGAGUCUCCCAUCUCCCAAGGCUUCUGAGACCUCUUGUUUUGCUGAUGCCAGGCCUGAAGCAGUCUCACUCCUUUCAGUCUGCUCUAACUGUAAUAGGACUCAAAAUUGU